CAUCCCAAAAAAUGUGCGGAUGCUUCCGCAGAGAUCAGAAAAGAUAUAAGGCCAUUGGUAUCCAAUAGUGAGUCCUGUGAGGAGCAUCAUCUACAAUGUACGAUAUCACCACUGCUACUAGCAUCCCAGAGGAAGUUAACAUCGACAAGUUGGCUGGAACUAAAUAUGAUCUUAAAAGAGAUUUAAUUGGUUAUGGAGAAGAAGGCUUGAAGGUUCAAUGGCCAAAAGGAAAGAAGGUUGCAAUUUCUUUCGUUUUAAAUUAUGAAGAGGGUGGAGAAAGAUCUUUGGCUCUCGGUGAUGAUACUAGUGAAUUCUACUUAUACACUAGCUCCAAGCCAGGUCCCUUUCCCAAUAGAGCUUACGAUGCUGAGACUGAAUAUGAUUACGGUUCGAGAGUUGGUGUCUGGAGAAUCUUGAACCUUUUCAAGAAGUUCGGCAACAGAAUCACUGCUUAUGCUGUUGGUAAAGCUUUCGAAAACAAUGUUGCCGUUGCCAAGGCUUUUGUUAACGAUGGGCACGAAAUUGCAAGUCAUGCUUACAGAUGGAUUCCAUAUGAUGAUGUUUCUGAAGAGGUUGAAAAGGCUUACAUUAUCAAACAAAUAGAAAUCUUGAAGGAAACAACUGGAGAAGAGGCACCUGGCUGGUACAUGGGAAGACUCUCUCCUCACAGCAUUGGAUUAAUUACCGAGGUUUAUCGUGAACAAGGUAAGAAGCUUCCAUAUAUUAGUGAUUUCUAUGGGGACGAUGUUCCAUAUUGGGUUGAUGUUCCAGCUGAAGCUGAUCUCCCCGAUGAAGAGAAGAAAGGUCUUUUGUUGGUUCCAUACUCGUACGAUUGUAACGAUUUUAGAUUCUUGAAUGUCAAUGGAUUCAGAUCUACUCAAGCGUUUUAUGAUCAUUUGAAGGGUGCUUUCGACACUCUUUACGAAGAAGGCGGUAAGAUGAUGACAGUUGGAUUACAUUGUAGGAUUAUCGGUAGACCUGGAUACUUCCAAGCCUUGAAAAAGUUUGUUGAGUAUGUGAACAGUCAUGAAGAUGUUUGGGUUUGCUCAAGAUCUGACAUUGCAAACACUUUUAAAGAGCAAUAUCCUUACAAGCCAAAGAAGUAAUCAUUUAUACAGCUUCUAUAGAAAUACAAAUUAUGUGAGUGUGAAUACUUUGAGACGUUAACCUUGGUUGUGGUGCUUGAUAUUCUCUAGAAUCUGGUCCCAGAAAUCUUCACUGAGAUUAUUGGGUGUUUGGAAAGUAUCAAGGAUUGGAUUUGUCGUAUCUGCUUUAUCCACGAUGUUGGAUUCUUUGGGACUAUUUUUGAUUUUAUCUAUGUCCUCCAAAAGACUAUCAAAUAAGUCACUGUAGGUUUUAGCUUCCACCCAUCUUUCUGAAAAUACAAACAACAAACUGGAACCUGCCCUGAGAUCAUUUUGAAUGUUUAUAAAU